GUACCUUCUUACUUGGACAUACGGCCAUGAAAGUUAAAGUCACUCUGUAUCGUUUUCUUCGCCCGGAUGUAUACAUGAAGACGUGCUAACCAAGGAAAGAAUACAGAGGUCUGAGCCUCGUUCAUGGUGAGAUCAAUAGUCUCUAAUAGUAGCGUAAAAAAGGAAGUCAAAUGGAAAGGUGUUCAGGGAAAGGUGCGGUCUGUGUAACUGGUGGAACAGGAUUCAUUGCUUCAUGCCUGAUCACGAGGCUACUUGAACAAGGUUAUGCAGUUCGAGCCACCGUUCGAUCUUAUCCGGAUGGUAACAAGGACAUCAGCUACCUCACAGGCCUACCGGGAGCGAAGGAGAGACUCCAGAUUUUCAAAGCAGAUCUCAACGAACCAGAGAGUUUCAAUGAGGCCAUUGAAGGGUGCGCGGGAGUCCUUCAUCUGGCUCAUUCCCUCGAUCUUGUUGACAGAGAACCAGAAGAAAAAGCCACCAAAAGGUCCUUGGAAGCAACCUUAGGAAUUCUGAAAGCAUGUCUGAAUUCAAAGACAGUGAAGAGAGUUGUUUACACUUCAAGCGCAGCCGCGAUUAUGUUCAGUGGCGAUGGUCAAGAAGUGGUGGAUGAGAGGGCAUGGACAGACAUAGAUUACUUCAAGGAUCUAAAAUUGACUGCCAGUUCUUACACGGCUUCCAAGACAAAAACGGAAAGGGCUGCUCUAGAAUUUGCUGAGCAGCAUGGAUUGGAUCUAGUGACUUUGAUUCCUUCUCUUGUUCUUGGUCCGUUCAAUAGUCCCAGAAUCCCAGCCUCGUUAUACGUGGGGCUGGCUAUGAUCUUGGGCAACAGGAAUCACUAUCGAUUCCUUACCAAGUCGAACAUGGUGCACAUAGAUGAUGUGGCUAUGGCACACAUAUUUCUGCUUGAAAAUUCUAAUGCAAAAGGGAGAUAUCUUUGUUCAUCGAACGAAGUAUCGCUCAAUGAGAUGUUUGAAUUUCUUUCUGCUAGAUACCCAGAUCUUCAAAUCCCAGCAAGAGAGUGA